CCUUCCCUGCGCAGGAGCGACGCGGUGAGCGAGCUCUUGCUCCAGGCUGGGGGAGGGUGCUCCCUGUUACCUAGACUCCCGGCCUUAGAAAGAUGUUUGGAACGUGGGGGAAAGGCCACCCGGGCUGCGCUGCGGCUGCCUAUGGGUCCGCCUGGGGCGCGGAGCUGGCCCGGACCUAGGCACGCUGCAGAACUUGUUAGAGUCACAGAACUGGAGGGGCAGGAGAAAAGCAGAGCAACGUCCCCAACUUCUAACCUUUAUGAGUGACUAAAGCCAGUUCGGGAGACUGUACUGUGUAUAUAUGAUUUGUGCCAGGUCCACUGGGUAAGAAAAUUUACCAAGGAGUUAUUACUUGAAAGACUGAUAUAUCUUUUAUAUAGCUACGAUGGCAUCUACUAGUGAUACCAAGAUCUGUAAGAACCAGGAUGGACUUUUGGAAAUAAAAAUGGAGGAAGAGUGUAAGUAUACCACCAGACAAGAUAGGAACCCACAAAAGAACACUUAUAACAGAGACGUCUUCCGAAAAUACUUCAGACAGUUUUGCUACCAGGAAACAUCUGGACCCCGGGAGGCUCUGAGCCGGCUCCGCGAGCUCUGCAGACAGUGGCUGCGGCCGGAUUUGAACAGCAAGGAGCAGAUCCUGGAGCUGCUGGUGCUGGAGCAGUUCCUGAUCAUCCUGCCAGGGGAGCUGCAGGCCUGGGUGCAGGAGCAGAAUCCGGAGAGUGUGGAGGAGGUGGUGACUGUGCUGGAGGAUUUAGAGAGAGAGCUUGAUGAACUAGGAUACCGGGCCUCAGUCCAAACUGAAGAACAAGCAACGUUUCAGGAGGCGAAGCCUUUGGCAGCAGAGCAGAAACCCAGUGUGUCCCUUCAGUUUGUCAAAGCCAAGCCUGGGUGUGAAUUUGCAGACCGUGAAGCCCAGGAGGAGCAAGGUGUUGAGACUGGCAAUGAGCCCAGGAACGUAACUCCAAAGCAAGGCGUCUGGGAAGGAAUGGAAGCAGAGCAGAAUGCAACUAGCAGAUUAGCAAAGGAUGCACUUGAGUGUGAAGAAGCUCGCGGCCCUGGAGAAGAGUCUUCCAGUGUUCCCCGUGAAGACAGCCAGCCUCUGCAUAAUGAAAAUGGUGUGAAUUCUUCUGAGAACUCAGACCACACUAAACACCAGAGCAUCUGUCCAGGGAGAAAAGUGCACGGAUGUGAUGAGUGUGGAAAGAGCUUUACUCAGCACUCGCGCCUCAUAGAGCACAAGAGAGUCCACACUGGAGACAGGCCCUACAGAUGUGAAUUAUGUGGGAAAACUUUCCGAUGGAGGACUGUUCUUAUUCGACACAAGGUGGUCCACACUGGAGAGAAACCGUAUAAAUGUAACGAAUGUGGCAGGGCUUUUGGCCAGUGGUCAGCGCUUAACCAACACCAGAGACUUCACUCGGGAGAAAAGCACUACCACUGUAACGAAUGUGGCAAAGCCUUUUGCCAGAAAGCAGGCCUCUUUCACCAUCUCAAGAGCCACAGAAGAAACAGACCUUAUCAGUGUCUUCAGUGUAAUAAAAGUUUUAAUCGCCGUUCCACACUUUCUCAGCAUCAAGGAGUUCACACUGGAGCAAAACCCUACGAAUGCAAUGACUGUGGGAAAGCUUUUGUUUAUAACUCAUCUCUUGCUACCCAUCAGGAAACCCAUCACAAGGAGAAACCCUUCACUCAAAGUGGUCCUACUCAGCAGCAGAGGAACCACACCAGGGAGAAGCCCUACAAGUGCAGUGUUUGUGGAAAAGCAUUUAUUCAAAAAAUAAGUCUUCUAGAACACGAACAAAUUCAUACCGGAGAGAGACCGUAUAAAUGUGCUGAGGGCGGGAAGGCCUUUAUUCAGAUGUCAGAACUCACAGAACAUUAGGGAACCCACACUGGGAAGGCCCUACAAGUGUGAUGAAUGUGGCAAGACCUUCAGACAGGAGUCAGAGCUUACUGAGCACUAGCGAAUUCAUUAUAGAAGUGGUCCCUAAAAGUGUAAUGGGUGUGGGGAAUUGUUCACAUAGAACUCAGCUCUUACUCAUCAUCAGACUGGUCAUGAAAGCGCAAGUAGUCUGUGAUGACUACAGGGAAGCUACCUCACUGGCUGAUGAAGAGCAUUGUAUUUGUAAUGCUUUGUGGUGACAUUUCAGCCUUUGCUGCUACCAGACCAUAAAUAUUUGAUGAGCUCCCUC